AGAAAGAAGAAAAGCAGAAAAGAGAAUGCACGUCUUAAGAUGCUAAGGGACAGGGUAUUGAAAUAGCCUGGAAAGUGUUCAGAAAGAAUGCCAGCAAAUCAAAUGUUCACCUGGGGCUCGGGAAGAAAAGAAAAAUCAAUGUGCAGUCAAAGAGUGGUCUUAUUUUGCUAGAAAGUGACUCUCCAGAAAAGCUGCAAGGAAGCUCUCCCUUAACAACACCUCUGACAUUCCAGAGACUGUCCUAAACUCCAGUGUUCAGCUUCUGUCUGGAAAUCAGACUUAUCUUCGAGUCUUCCUUCAUACAGGAAAAAUGCAUGUGGCAGUGGUAGCAGUGAACGUGAUAUUGCUCCUAAGCAUGGGGUGGACAUCAGACUCUCUCUGCUCACCCACAAUUUUUUACAGAGACUGCUGGAUCCGUCGCUUCCCAGGUCUUCUAAUCAAUCUGGAGGAGUCUCAGAAGCUGGGAGCCCAGUUCUUGAAGUAUUAUUCUGAAAGCACUGGCCAGAAGUGCAGUAGGAGCUGCUGUCUUCGGAAGGAUGUUUCCUGUAACCUGGCUGUCUUCUACCACAAUCCUAUUCAUGACAAUAUCAACUGCCUCCAUGUUCACUGCCCAACACUGGAGAGCUGCAUAUUAGAGCCUGGAACCAGUGCCAUUUUGUACAACAUAACAGACGGUAUAGAUCCGGAUUUGCUGGUUUUUGAACAAUCUCCCACAUAUCUAAAUACUCGUUCUUCAUCCAAUAGAUGGGACAGACUAAGGAUUCUAAAAGCUAUGAAUUUAGAUAAACAAACCACCAUGAUAAAUGGUAUGCUGCCAUCCACAGAGGCUCCAUCCUCAACCACGCAUCAAGAUUUGGUUGUAAACACAAACAGUACCAGUUAUUCUAAGGAAUUAACCACAGAUUUUUGGGCAAGAUUUACUUCCCUGAAUGAGUCCAUUACCACAAAGAUAAAUAAGGUGUCACCAAGUACUGAUUUCAUCAGCAAUCCAGAUAAUAAGACUAUUUCUCCUUUCUUUGAACCCAUAGACACAAAACUUUCUCAUAUGCCUGUUCCACCCCGACUCAACAGUAGCAAACAAUUACUAAACAAAACCAAAGGAUACAAUAGCAGAAAUCACACAUCUGCAAAUGAAGAUGAGGUAUCUGUGACUUCAAAGACUUGGCUGGUUUCUGUGGCCCUUUGCACCUCUGUCAUCUUUCUUGGCUGUUGUAUAGUCAUCCUGGCAUCUGGAUGCUGUGGAAAGCAGCAGGGCCAGUAUAAACUAGGACAGAGAAAAUCAGGAUCCUUGCAAAUUAAAAACCGUAACCAUAUGAAGGAGAACUCUUCAUAGUAAAAACUGUAGCAAGAUUAUAUGCUUUCAAGGAUAUCAUUUUUAGUUCUGUGUAAGAAAAGGCAGUUUGGUUAAAAAAAAAAAAAAAAGGCUGGGCGUGGUGGUUGCCUGUAAUCCCAAAACUUUGGGAGGCCAAGGCAGAAGAAUUGCUUGAGCCCAGGAGUUCGAGACCAGCCUGGGCAACAUAGUGAGACUCUGUCUCUAUAAAAUAAAAAAUAAUUUAAAAAAAGUACAUGGGGCGAUAUGAUGCACCUGUGGUCCCAGCUACUUAGGAGGCUGAGGUGGGAGGACUGCUUGAGCCCAGGAGGUCAAAGCUGCAGUGAGCUGUGAUUGCACCACUGCACUCCAGCCUGGGCAACAGAGCCAGACCCUGUCUCAAAAGAAAACAUAGGAUGCUCACUCCUACCAAUCUGUGAAAAAAAAAAGGCUAAUGCUUGAUAAACAUAACUGCUUUCUUUGUUGUUAUUUCUAUUUUUUGAGUAGUGUUCCCUCUGCCAGAGUUGCAAAAUUCUGAUCCUUAUAGUUGUUACUGAGAGACACUGUUCUAGUGCUUUAGGGGCAUGAACUCACUGAAUCCUUCCAACCCUGAGAGGUGGGUGUACUGCUAUUAACCAUGAUACUAUUAUUAUCACAUUUUACAGACGAGGCAACUGAGGUGAAGAGAGGUUAAACAUCUUCCCUAAAAACACACAAGUAUUAAGUAGUGAAGUCAGGACUUAAUUAAACACAGGCAGUCUCGUUCAAGUCCAUGCUCAAAAUCACUGUUAGACUAAGAGCCUAUGUUUUCCCAAAAAGCAUGAAAAAACAAUACCAGGAAGAAAACACAAUAUCAUCAUAUUGGCCUCCCAGUCAAGGUCAAAUUAUUGUCACGUAUAGUAAUGCAAUCAUGUAGUAAUUUGAGCAAAAGAACAGUUACUAACAGUUACUAACCCAUAAGCAAAUGCUUCCUGAUCUUA